AUGCCUUCCGGCGCGCCGCGCAAUCCCCAAAUCACCCAGCAGCGACGCCCAGCGCCUCUCUGGCAGCAGUUAGCUCUAGGCGGUUCCUCAUGCGGCCUUGCUACAUCUGUCACGCACCCGAUUGAUACUAUCAAGCUUCGUCUCCAACUCCAGGGCUCCUUCUCUACGGAGCCUGCUGCACGAUUCACCGGCCUCUUCUCGGGUUUGGCCACCAUCACCCGCGACGAGGGCUUCUUCUCGCUGUACAAAGGCCUCUCUCCCGCUAUUCUUCGCGCCGCUACGUACAGUGCCACACGCCUCGGUCUAUACGAACCGCUGCGAUCUGCUUUUACGCAGGGCGCAGGAUUGUCGGAGCCCAAUUUCCCUGUCAAGGUUUUCGCUGCGGUGUGUUCUGGCGCUACGGGUGAGUGA